UUCCUUUGACAGUCAGUUAGUGAAAAUGACGCGCGGUACGAAGAGGUCAUAUGUAGCAGCUCAGUCCAAUGGAUCUGAACAAAACGUAAAGAUUUUAAAAACUGGAACAAAACAAGAAAUAAGGAAACGGCCAUUAUCGUUAUUAGAUAAUUGUGCUAAAGCAGUUGCUUCUAAAAUUUCAUUUCAAGAAAUCGAGGAGAAAUUCGCCCGUAUACCUGAGCCCGUGCAACUACGAGUAAUAUAUUGGUCGUUUCCUAAUGAUGAAAAGGAGAUUCGAAUGUAUUCUACUUCUGGUUUACACCAAGAGAAAAUGCCAUACGAAUAUGGGUUAAAAUUGCUUGAGAAACGCGCCGUCAAUAAUGUUCUCCAAGUUGGCUUUCAUCUCAGUGGAACUGUUGUUGAUGAUGAUGUAACAUAUAAAGUUUCGGUGAAUUUUGAUCGUUGUAAGAUCACACGCGUAUCGUGUAACUGCGGUAAUAAAGACAUUUUAUGGUGUUCCCACGUUGUUGCUUUAUCUUUGUAUCGUCUUCGUUUUCCAAACGCAGUCACAUUACGUGUUCCAAUAUCCGAGACGCUACUAAAAAUGAACAGAAAUCAACUUCAAAAACUGAUACAGUAUUUAAUCACUGCUCAUCAUACAGAAAUAUUACCGACUGCCCAACACAUAGCUGACGAUAUUUUCCUUGCGAAAUCUGAAAUAAACCUUCAGGAAGGCGCCCCCGACCCAACUGCUGGUGGGGCUGUUGAAGAUGACAAUAGAUGGCAUUUGGAUGCAGAGCAAGUUCAAGAACAAGUUAAAACUUAUCUUUCUCAAGGAACCACUGUAAAUAGAGGAAAGCAACUUCAAUGCAUGUUUGCCAAGGUACGUGAAUUACUUCGCGUCAGAGAUAGUAACGGAACAAGAAUGUUGUCUCUUAUUACGGAGCAGUUUUUGGCUGAUACAAGAUUACAACAAAAUGCUAUGACUGAAAAAUGUCGUACACUUUGGGAUCAUCUUGGAUCACUAUGGAUGUGUAUUGCUCUCAAUCCUGAAAGUGAUGUACGAGACAAAUUAUGCUUAAAGAAAGAGCUAGAAAUGUGGAGUGAUCUUAAAGUUUGUCCAAGAGAAGAUAAUGAUGAUAAGCGUUCAAUAUUCUCAAGAGCAAUAUUUGCCUGCGGUCUUGACUGGAAUAAUGAACUACUUCAGAGAAUAUUAAAGUCUAAUGUUGAUGAACAAUUGUCUUGGUCAGAGGAUGUAUGUUUGUCCGCUGCCAGGAUUGAUGCAUUAAAGACGCAUGGUUUUAAGAAAGAAGCAUUACAUUUAGCUGUCGCAGUAACCAAUGGUAUGAAAGUACGACAGGACGAGAUUUUACGUAAUACAAAAGUUUUUUCCAUUGUUACCUCAAGUGGAUGGAUUGGUAAUGUUCUUGAACCUAUUCCAACUCUUUACGAUACGUUAAUGGAAGGAAGCGAUGGUGAAAGGAGAUAUGUUAACUUAGCUGUUGAAGUAGCGUUGAUUGGACUCAGUCAGCACCGUUGUAUGUCAAAAUCAACAUUCUCACAGCAGAAGUCAAACAAUGAGGAAGAACAAUUAAUCGCUCAGCUCAUGAUGUUGAAACAUGACGAAUCUAUUUUGAAAACAAUACAUGAGCAAGCGUCGAAAAUUUUAGCAACAACUUCAUCUCUAGGUAGUGGUUUGUGCGUUGAUAAGAACAGUGUUCCCCUUCAAAUAUUUGCUCGAUAUUUAUUCAACGUUUUAAAAGAUGAAGAUAAAGAACUUGCAUUUAAACUUGCAUUCAGUGCAUUACAGUGUGAAUUUGUCCUUAGUGAAACUUCAAGUGAUUGGCACAUAUUCGAACAUUUAACUGCUCAACAAUGUGAACUUGCUGCUGUCAUGAUCAAAUCUUGUAAAAAUGAUGUGGAAAAUUUGAAGAAGGUUUUGUUGCUUAUCAAGAAAUACGUGCAUAAUCCUUCUUAUUUAUUCCGACUUGCACAAGAUACGCUGAGACUAAAGACAGAUGAAGAUUGUGAUGAUGUCUGUGAGAUCGUUCUCGAUCUUGCUCUUCAUAUUUUAACGACAACAAUAAACAAACCUAAUGUUAGUAAACGACGUGAUGUCAUUCACUGGUUGAUGGCUUGGUCAUUACAGCUCGAUAAAUCUGUUAUUGUGACGAUCCUUCAAAAUUGGCCGUCACUUUUUACCACAUCAGAGAUUAUUAACUCUGUUGCACCUAUUGUUUUAUCGCAAUGUGCUUCUCAAGAACUAAAACUUACUUCUUCGGAAAAAGAGUUCAUUUAUAGAUACAUUCGAUCUUUGGCUCUCCAGUGCAUUACUAAAGAUCCACAACAUUGUGCUUUAUCUUCACUAACAUUAUGUGAAAGUGAUUAUGAGAGUUUCAACACCGCAUACCGCAUGAUCGUUGAUAGGGCUGGAGAGCUAUCCUCUACACUUCUAUUUGCUAUUGCAAGAUAUAUGGAUCAUAAAGAUCACCCCGUUAAAGCUUUUCAACUUGCUGCGUUAGCUAUAAAGCACUCCACUGUUGGAAACAACGAGCAACCUUGUGUUGGUGACGUACAUUGGUCAUGUGGUCUGGCUCAUGCUUUGGGCAAAACUGAACUUACUCAUAUGAUCUCACUUAUUGUGAACGCAGUUCAAUGUCCCACCGUUCUUUCAGAUCUUCUGCAUCGCUGUACUUUAACACCCGUAGGUGUUGCGCAAAUUAACACAGGAACUCCAAUUAAAUUAACCUACAGCGAUCAAUGCUUACAGCCUUUAAUUGAAGCUGCAAUCAACGGUUUUGUUAGCUGCGUCCAUAACCGUCUUACUCAAAUUAGUCCUAAACAUUACACUGACUUUAGUCAUUUUCUCAUGAAAGCAAAAGACGUUUUUCUUCUUGCAAAAGACGGUGAAAAACGAUUUGAAGCUCUUAUCGAUAACAUGAAGAUAUUGUAUCGUGGAAAAAGAAAGUUGAUGACGUUGCUCUCACAAAGACUGUGUUAGGAUAGAAAUUAGAAAACACAUCGAAAUGAAAUAUUAUGAAAUUUAAGUUAUUGACAAAGAUGUCAAAAUUAUUUGUUCAUUUUUUGUAAAUACGACAGAGAAAUUAUUGUACACGCCAAUUAUUUAUUAUGAAAAACCAAAGAAAUCCUUAUUAAAGAAUCUGUAUUUAAAA